AAUCUAAUGUCUAUAUUCCCCGAUACAUCGCUCAGCGGGAGUGUGGCCUCCCGCGUGGCCAGUUUACUACGGGCCAGACCUUGCAUAGAAGAGGGCAAUGCGUCUUCUCUUCGCAACAAGGCGGCUGCGAUUGAAAGUUUCUUGGCAUCCGCUGCCCUUGCCCCCCCGGUAAUCAUGGAGUCAAACGGUAUGGAGGAACCGGCGCCCUCUGUGAGUGGCUGUUCGCCUUUCAAAGAGGGCAUUACCCCCGAACAGCACGCUUGUGACGGCGAGGAUACAUGUUUGGUGGAGUUGAACGUGGUAGCCGGUGUAUUUGAAGAGAAGCCACAUCUCACGAGCAGCCAACACGGGCUCCUUCUACCCAGUGAAAACACUGAACGCGAGCUUCACCACCGCCAAGUAGAAGAAGCAAAGGCUAUGCUAAACUUGCUGGGGGCUUUAGCGCCUUCGCACGUGUCGACGCGAUGCACGGCAUCUCCAAGCGGACCAUUAGUCGAUGUGGUUCACGAAGCCUGUGAAAAUGAGCUGAAACAGUCCACUGAGCAGCUACGCGACAAUGACAGCGUCAGUGAUACCGUGAUUAUCAUGGAUGCUGAUGAGUUGGAUGCGGAAGAAACUACCAGCAAUAGCAGCUCAGAUUCGUAGUUUUUGUAGCAGUAGAGGCCGUUUAUCGAAGGGAUGUUGUCAGGAUCUCGCGUGUAGAGGUGUGGUGACGAUCAUUGAAGACAAUUAAGUAAAAAUAAGACCGAGAUAAGCUGCUGGAUAAUUCGAAAACAUUUCACGUAAACGCUAAGGAGUUACGUAAUGAGCAUUA